CUGGUUUAUUGAGACUAGAGAAUGGUGAUGACUUUUACCAAGCAUACUGCUUGUAAACAUUUCGUUAACAAGGCAUGUCCUGCACAGUCCUAGAUCCCUUAAACCUUGAUUCCAUACAACACAUGUUUUUGUGAGGUCAAGGUUGGGGCAAAGUGGCUGGGGCAAAAUUACAAAUAACAUCUCAGCAAAGCAAUUGUUUAAGAUACAGGUCAAAAUGGAAUCUCUUACAUCUUCCCUUUCUACACAGACACAGUAACAGUCUGAUCUCUCUCUAUUUUCCCUACAGCAGACGAGGGUGGUUCUGCAAAUUUCCAGUACUUGUUGAUAAAUGAUGCUAUCAUCAGGAAAUUUUAUGAAUUUGAACCAUGACAACCUUACUAUAAGAUACAAUUCUUUUGGCCUAUAGUUACGAAUUCUUAGUUUGUUUUUUAAAUUUGUUAUAUGUCAUUUAUAUACUAAAAUCCCCAGACCCAUGGGACUUACUCAGGUUAGCACAAUCAGCACACACAAAAGUGAGUACUCACUAAACACUCAUUUCAAACGGACGUGUUACACUAACUCCAAAACUCUCCUUGGUGGCCUAGGUGAAACCUCAUGGCCAACAUCACCUGGAUGGUCAGCCACACUGGAUGGUCGGAUUUCAUCCUGAUGGGACUCUUCAGACAAUCCAAACAUCCAGCUCUACUUUGUGUGGUCAUUUUUGUGGUUUUCCUGAUGGCAUUGUCUGAAAAUGCUUUCCUGAUCCUUCUGAUACACUGUGACGCCCACCUCCACACCCCCAUGUACUUUUUCAUCAGUCAAUUGUCUCUCAUGGACAUGGUGUACAUUUCUGUCACUGUACCCAAGAUGCUCCUGGACCAGGUCAUGGGUGUGAAUAAGAUCUCAGCCCCUGAGUGUGGGAUGCAGAUGUUCCUCUAUCUGACACUAGCAGGUUCGGAAUUUUUCCUUCUAGCUGCCAUGGCCUAUGACCGCUACAUGGCCUAUGACCGCUACAUGGCCAUCUGCCAUCCUCUCCGUUACCCUGUCCUCAUGCACCGUAGGGCAUGUCUCUUCCUGGCAUCAGGCUGCUGGUUCCUGGGCUCAGUGGAUGGCUUCACAUUCACUGCCAUCACCAUGACCUUGCCCUUCUGCAGAUCUCAGGAGAUUCAUCACUUCUUCUGUGAAGUUCCUGCUGUAUUGAAUCUCUCCUGCUCAGACACCUCACUCUAUGAGAUUUUCAUAUACUUGUGCUGUGUCCUCAUGCUCCUCAUCCCUGUGAUGAUCAUUUCAAGCUCCUAUUUACUCAUCCUCCUCACCAUACACAGGAUGAACUCAGCAGAGGGCCGGAAAAAGGCCUUUGCCACCUGUUCCUCCCACCUGACUGUGGUCAUCCUCUUCUAUGGGGCUGCCAUCUACACCUACAUGCUCCCCAGCUCCUACCACACCCCUGAGAAGGACAUGAUGGUAUCUGUCUUCUAUACCAUCCUCACUCCGGUGCUGAACCCUUUAAUCUAUAGUCUUAGGAAUAAGGAUGUCAUGGGGGCUCUGAAGAAAAUGUUAACUGUGAGAUUCGUCCUUUAGGAAAUUAUAAAGUAGGAAAUUUGGAUAUAAAGAUUUAUUUUCCUUUUCUCUGCCCGUCAGAUACUUAGGAUUUUAUCCCUGUUAUUCCUUAGACUCUCAUACAGUGAUGUCUCAUCUCAUAUUCAUCUAAUUUUGAGGAAUUCUUUCACUGUGUGGAAACUCUAUUUUACAGUCCUUGUCCACCCAAAAUUCUUAUACAAUUGUGUCAUACUAAUGUAACAUUUUUGGAAGUUGAUAACUGCUCUCUAAUUUUGUGAAAAAAUAUUCCUAACCUUAGGAAAUAAUAGAGACAAAAAGGUCAUGAGGUGUUCAAAUGAUGAGAGCAAAAGAGGGAGGUAGAUAGAGAGGGGCAAUGAAACAAACUGAGUAAAAUGUUGCUGCCACAGGUGAGUAUGGGCAAAGGGUAUAUAGGUAUUAAUUGUACUAUUCUCUUUUAAUGAUACUUUUUUCUGAAGUUGAAAUCAUUUACAAAUAAUUAAAUACCAGGCUUUUCUCCCUUUUUGAAAAUGUUCUCCUUUCUGCUUGGUGGCAGUGUGACAUCUUAGAAAUCAUGCUUAUUUCAUUAUGUCUAAUCAUUACUGAGAAAAUCCAGUCAUCGCCCCUUCUUUAUUGAGGGCUACCUUUUUCUGCAUGGUCCAAUUCUGAUGGCGUCUAGUGGAUUUACCUCUCUGAAAUAAUUAGUGCCAUGUGGUGUAUUGAGGAUGUAGGACCACAUAAGGGACUGCAGAAAAAAUAUGACACCUGAGUGGAAGGAGUUUUAAGGAAGGUUACCUGCCCAGGGUGAUUCCUGAGCUGAGAUUUCAAACAUGUAACUUAAACAAACAAGCAGAGGGAUGACAUCAUUCAAUCCUUCAUUUAUUCAACAAACAUUUUGUGCUAUAUUGUAAUAUUAAAAAUAGCUGAAUAAGAUUAAAUUCGGAAUAGCACAUGGCUACUUUUUCCAAGGAAUUUGAAAAAUACAUGUAGUUGUUUAUGCAAACAAAUGUAACAAAAUAAAUUGUUUUGAUACUCACGUAUGAAGGAUACAGCUCAU